CUCCCCUUGCUUCUCAAGGAAAGCCAGCUCCUCUCUAGCUGAUCUAGAAAGAAGCUGGUGCCCCUUCUACUCCAUCAGCCUGUUCAAUCUUCUGUGAUCUAAUCCCAAGGUCCAUUUGUAUCUUCAUUUCCUUGGUUCAUCUCCCAUCUGGUUUCUAGAGCUUGCAGGAGCAGUUUCUUGCAGGGAUCUGUCAGAUCUGAGCAAGAUGGAUCUACUACUAAUCAUAUCGAGCGUUCUUCGCGCUGACGUCUCGAUUUCUCCGGCCCAGGCUACCUGGUUCGGGUUAGCCGCCGCAGUGGCUGUCGUUGGUGCUACGACAUUCGUUCUCUCAUCUAUCGGCAAGCCCGAGGUGAAAGGCAAGGCCACCACAGAGCUCAGCGGGGGAAAGCUUAAGAAGGAUGAAGUGGCUAACGGCUGGACUAACUACGACAAGUACUUCCAACAAAAUUCUGGAGAAGGAGUCACAGAAAAGAGCCAGGCUCCUCAAUUCGUAGACACGUUCUACAAUCUCGUGACGGACAUCUACGAAUGGGGUUGGGGUCAGAGCUUCCAUUUCUCUCCUGCUCUCCCGGGGAAGUCCGAUAAGGAGGCCACAAUCGCUCACGAGGAGUACAUCGCGAGUGUAUUGAAGCUAAAGCCUGGAAUGAAGGUUCUGGACGCAGGAUGCGGAGUCGGCGGACCAAUGCGAGCGAUCGCGGCAAAGUCCGGCAGCAAUGUUGUCGGGGUCACUAUUAACGAGUAUCAGGUGGAGCGCGCUCAGCAGCACAACGCCCGGAGGGGACUGGACAAGCUAUGCACGGUGGUCCAAGGAAACUUCCUUCAGCUCCCAUUUGAGGACAACAGCUUCGAUGCUGCCUACUCCAUUGAGGCUACCUGCCAUGCUCCUAAGCUUACCGACGUUUACGGCGAGAUUUUCCGCGUGCUGAAACCCGGCCAGCUAUACGCGACAUACGAGUGGGUGAAGACGCACAAGUACGACCCGGAGAACAAGGAGCACGUUAAGAUCAUCGACGACAUCUGCUACGGAAACGCGCUCCCGGAGCUGCGAUCGUACAAGGAGAUCGUCGAAGCGGCCGAAGCGGUGGGGUUUGAGGUUGUGGACAAUAGAGACGUGGCCGCGCCGCCGGCUCUCCCCUGGUGGAAUAGGCUCAAGAUGGGCCGUAUCGCGUACGCCCGCAAUCACGUGCUGGUGAAGAUCGUAUCGAUGCUGAACAUUGCGCCGAAGGGGUUGGUGGACGUUCACAACAUGCUGACGACGGUCGCCGUGCAUCUGACACGUGGAGGGGAGACCGGGAUCUUCACUCCCGCGCACCUGCUGGUGGUGCGGAAACCUGCUGCGCCGGCCUCCGCUUAAAUUUAGGUUGCUGUGUCCUGUGCCCUCCAGCCUGUUGGUCAGCCUUCAAUAAGCCGAUGGCCCUCGCACAUGCGCUAGCGUAUGCUUAGCUCGCGUCGGACGGUUUGUGUGACCCUUGAAACAUUUUUUGUUCGCUACAUUCUCACGCACUCCAUCUCGUAGUUCGCGAGCGAGAGUGUAACGAGUACAAGAGAGGGAACUGUUUCUAUGGCCGGACCAUGCUGAUCCUUAGACGUUCUUUGCUAUUAAUCUUGUGUGUCUUUGGGAUUCUGUGAUUCAACGAGCUAAGCAAUCACACGAACG